CGACCUUCAAACAUGGCGAUUUGUGCGGUAAAUUCGGCGAGUCGCGCCCCGUCGGGAUGUUUUUGCAUCGCGUUCGCAUAGUGAGUGACGUUUGUUGACGCGGAUACGAAUGCAACCUGAGGCUUGUGCGACAUUAUCGGUACGUUAGAGAGAAAAGAGAGACAUCGAGUCCCUCGCACGUGACGAAUGCGAUAACGCAACGCAACGCAACGCGCUGCGAUGUCUGUGAGCUACGCUAGGAUGAAAUCCUGUCACGAAGUCUUGUCGUCGUCGUCGUCGUCGACAUCGUCGACAUCGACGACGCUGAACAACGCGAUCAGACGAGCCGGCGAUGAGGAGGACUGGCAAAUGCAAUUGGCAUUCUGUAAGCCUCGUCACAAUACCACGAUCGAGAGCGUGAAUUGUAUCAGUCAGACUUGGCGGAUGAAGGAGCGGAUGAAAACCGUGAGCGUCGCUUUGGUGUUAUGCCUGAACGUCGGCGUAGACCCUCCGGACAUCGUCAAGACACAGCCCUGCGCUCGUCUCGAAUGCUGGAUAGAUCCUUUAUCGGUGAGUCCUCAAAAAGCUCUUGAGACUAUAGGUUCAAAUUUGCAAAAGCAAUACGAACGAUGGCAACCAAGAGCUCGCUACAAACAAAGUUUAGAUCCAACUGUUGAAGAAGUUAAAAAAUUAUGUACGUCCUUAAGGCGAAAUGCUAAAGAAGAGAGAGUUUUGUUUCAUUACAAUGGCCACGGUGUGCCCAAACCUACCACUAAUGGUGAAAUAUGGGUAUUUAAUAGGACAUAUACACAGUACAUUCCAUUGUCGGUGUAUGACUUACAGACUUGGAUGGGUGCACCUAGUAUUUAUGUAUACGAUUGUUCCAAUGCAGGCAUUAUUGUAGAAUCUUUUCAGCAAUUUGCCGACCAACAUGAAAAGGAAUACGAGAUGGAAAAACAGCAAAAUCGCGUAACCGGUAUGACGUGCCCCGCAGCGCCGUGUUAUAAAAAUUGCAUUCAAUUAGCAGCGUGCGCUGCUAAUCAGAUUUUGCCUAUGAACCCGAAUCUACCUGCAGAUAUAUUUACAUCAUGCCUUACUACUCCCAUAAAAAUUGCAAUACGCUGGUUUGCGAUGCAACCUACAUCUAAAUUAGUUCCCAACAUAUCGCUUGAUCUUAUUGACAAAAUUCCUGGUCAAUUGACUGAUAGGAGAACAAUGUUAGGCGAGCUUAAUUGGGUAUUUACAGCUAUUACCGACACAAUAGCAUGGAAUACUCUGCCAAGAGAUCUGUUCCAAAGAUUAUUCAGACAAGACCUAUUAGUUGCUAGUCUCUUUAGAAAUUUUUUAUUGGCGGAAAGAAUACUUCGUUCUUACGAUUGCACGCCAGUCUCUUCCCCAAAAUUGCCACCGACUUAUCAGCAUCGUAUGUGGCAAGCUUGGGACAUGGCGCUUGAUCUGUGUUUGGCACAAUUGCCAAUAGUUUUGGAAAACGAAGAUCGAUAUGUGCAUUCAUCAUUCUUUGAAGAUCAACUUACAGCUUUCCAAGUAUGGCUCAAUUUAGGAUCGAAAAAUCGCAGUCCGCCCGAACAGCUUCCAAUCGUUCUCCAAGUAUUAUUGAGUCAAGUUCAUAGACUGAGAGCAUUAGAGCUCUUGGGACGUUUUCUUGAUCUCGGUCCAUGGGCUGUGAAUCUAGCACUUAGUGUCGGCAUCUUUCCAUAUGUGUUAAAAUUAUUACAAAGCAACGCCAGGGAACUUCGUCCCUUGCUCGUCUUUAUAUGGGCAAAGAUUCUAGCAGUGGAUAAUACUUGCCAAGCAGAUCUUGUGCGCGACGGCGGUCAUAAAUAUUUCUUGUCUGUUCUUCAGGAUACUUCUAUUCCGAGCGAGCAUAGAACAUUGGCCGCAUUUGUACUAGCCAGUAUUGUAAAUGAUUACCGACCAGGUCAAGUGGCUGCGAAUCAAGGUAAUCUCGUUUCGAUAUGCUUGGAACAAUUGGGAGACACAAACUCUUUGCUACGACAGUGGCUUUGCUUGUGUCUGGCUAGACUUUGGCAUAAUUUCGACAAGGCGAGAUGGUGUGGCGUCAGAGACAUCGCUCAUGAAAAACUAUUUACGUUAUUAAAGGAUCCCGUUCCAGAGGUCCGGGCGGCUAGCGUAUACGCAUUGGGCACGUUCAUAAACAGCGUUACGACCAGGAGCGAGCACGCGAACAAUAUCGAUCAAAUUAUCGCUAUGAUGCUUAUUAAUACCGUUUCUCAUGAUAUGUGUCCGCUAGUUAGAAAAGAAUUAAUAGUGGCUCUUCAAUGGAUGGUACUGCAUUUCGAAAACUCUUUCGUGACGUUAGCUAUAGCCGAGGAGAAUAGUCGGAAGGAUCUCGUCGUAGAAACUCUGUCUCCAUUUAGUGGUAUGAGGCGCAUUAGUUCGCGCGAUAGAUUAAAGAUGUUGUCGCCCAAUAAUACAUAUACGGUAGAUACGACCGAUGGUUUUGGAGCGCAAGAUCGCAUCAAAAGAGUAUCGUCUUCAUCAUCCAUUAGCAGUUUAGGUAAUAAUUGGGAGUUCGUGAGGAAACCUUGCGAGUCACUUGGUCACAGUUCUCUUGGAAACUUACCGAGUCUCUCCUACGGUAGUGUAUAUAUGAAAUUAUGGCAUGGAUUGUGCAAUCUCGACAAUGAUCCUCAUCCGGCAGUCGGCGCUAUGUCACAAAAAAUUACCAAUCAUAUUCGUAAUAAGGUGAAAGCAUCUUCCGCUCCUAAAGAGGUAGUCGAAACAAAAAUCUCCUCGUCGUUAUCUCUUCCGCCAUCUCCAUCAAAUCGAACUGGUUAUUUAAGCAAAGGGGAGUCACCACCAGCUGUCAACUCUGGACCAGAUUUGCUACGUUCUUCGAGAGUUCUACCACACAGUAGUCGUACGAGAAAACCCGUUCCUAACACAAUAUCUGAAGAGACGGAUGAGAUACCUGGAGCCAAGACCCCAUUGACCACUUCCCAGUUCGUCGAAUGGAGUUGUGCUCAGUUCGCUCAGCCCGUUGGUUUAGAAGAUGAAAUGGACGAUGUGGAGAGCAGACCGUACCUUGAGCGGGAAUGGCGAUUUAUACGUAACGCAAAGCAGAGGCAGGACGCGAAAGAGGAACAAUCACGCGCGCCGCAGAGCAAGAUGGAAUCGCAGGUGUAUCAUGCGAGAUGUCCUCAGUCACCUCAGGUCCUGGUUUUCCAUCCAUUCGAGCCGCAUUUGGCUGUGGCGUUAAAAGAUUGCUUUGGGGUAUGGGAUUAUCAGAACGGUACAAAGAUGACCUUCUGCGCAGGAAGCAAAACGAAAUCGCGCAUCACGGCACUCGAAUUCAUCAACUCUCACGAUUUAAGUUUGUUGAUGGCGGGCUCCGAUGACGGUUCCGUGCGAAUUUGGAAGAAUUAUAGCGGCACGAUAAGUCGCGAUCCGAUCCUACUCACAGCUUGGCAAGCUCUGGCGGACGUGCAGCCCGCGACUAAGACUUCCAAUGCGACGGCACAAUUGGUCACGAAGUGGGAGCAAAAAUCUCUCACUCUAGCAGUGACGGGCGAUGUUCGCAUCGUGAGACUUUGGGACGCGGAGACCGAAUUGAAGAAGCAAGAUAUUCCAACGGGCGCUGAUUGUUGUGUCACCUGCAUGGAUGUUGACGGCACAGGUGCAAUAAUGGCGCUAGGCUGUGGUGAUGGAUCGGUGCGACUUUUAGAUCGGAGAUUACCUCCCGCGGAAGCAAGAGUUAUGAUUUGGAGAGAACACACGGGUUGGGUGUUGGGCUCAUUCUUAAGGCAAUCCGAGGGAUCCGCGCCGCAAUUGUUUACCGGCUCGUCUUCGGGCGACAUAAAGAUCUUUGAUCUUAGAAAAAAUUCUUCCGUGAGCACGAUUCAGAUAACGCCAGGCAUUGCGGCAUUAACAGUGCAUGAAAUAGCUGACGUUUUCGCUUGUGGCACCACAAAUCACUGCAUUAGUGUCUACAAUAUAUCGGGUCAACAUCUUAACACGAUAAAAUUCCAUGAAGGAUUCAUGGGUACACGCCUCAGUCCUGUAAGUUGUCUGAGCUUUCAUCAGUAUCGCGUGACUAUGGCGGCUGGUUUCGUGGACAGUACUUUCACGUUAUAUGAGCCACGCAGAUGACUAUUAGAGACGGAACUCAUGUAAGAUCUUUGCAGAAUUUUGUAAAUUUAUAGACAUAUUCUUGCACGCAUUAUGGUAUUAUCGACGAAAUUAGGGCUUUUGCCCCCUUCUACCCUCCCCCCCGCGUUUUCAUGAGAAAACAACAGGAUGGUUCCUACGACUACGAUCACAGAAUAGCCUUCUCCUUUUUUCCGUUGUUUCUUCUCGCUAGAAGAUAGACGAUCCUUGCCUAUUUACUAUUUUGAGUAAAAGAUAAAAAAAGAGACGAUAAUUGUGCGUAGUUUUUGUGAUAAAAUUGAGCGAAUGUUGGGGGAUUAACCAAAGUUAGUUUUGAGGUGACCAAAGAACAGUCUAAAGGUAUGAUUAAUUAUCUUUUUGAUGUGAUUUUGGUGUAAGAUAGAGACUGUUGAAGGAAUUUUAGUAUCAUGGCAGAUGCCAAUGCAUAAUAAUACGUGUACGUAUAUUGUGAUAAAAGGUUAAUGCGAGUUUGUUUACGCGAGAAUGGCCGAGAGAAUAACGUUUAUAACGCGAAAGCUUUAUGAUCUGCAAUCGAUAAAAUAAUCUCAAUUAUUGUGCCAUGCAAUUUCCGCUUCAGGAUUAAACUGUAUUCAAAUACAGAUAUGUAUGUAAUGGAAAUAUUUUAACUACCGAACCGAUUACGAUGUGGCUGUGUAAAUACGUGGCUCGCAUUAUACGCAUUUUUAUAAGUUACACGGAUGGCAGUCGAUGUUAGAAUUCACGUUUUUCUCUAGUGUUUUUCGACAUAAUUUUAUCGAUUUUUAAAAAUGUUUUCUAUUAUCUCAUAUUCUAUAUUCCUGACCAGUUGCAUAGAUUUAUUUCGAAAAAUUUUAAUCAUUAAUAAUGUCUACAAACUUAACGCAUAAAUAAGUGUAAUUUCUUGAACGAUAAAAUUUAAUGAAAGACAUUUAAAUUUUUAUGUAACAUACAUCUUUAGAUAUUAUGUUUAAUAUUUAGAUUUUAUUUCGCGUGGCAAUAUUAGAUUGCUUGAAGUGCAAUAUUCAUGGAUUAAUGAUACAUACAGAAAACUUUCCAUAAAUACUUACAUGAAACUGAAAAAGAAUGCAAAUUUCCAUACAAUGAAGAAAGAGAGAGACAGAGAGAGAGAGAGAGAGAGAAAGAUAUAUGAUACUUUUGUACAUAAAUAUACAAUCUAUCCAGGAUUUAUUAUUUAUAUAACUUUAUAAAAAUGGAUUUUUUGUAUUCAUAUUACGAUUACAACGAAAGUCAUCUUGUUAGUUUAGAUUCUUACUUCUCAAUAGCUAUUAAUGAAAUAGUCUAAUCGUGUUAUAUAUCUGUUAAAAUUUAUGUAAAAAAUAUAUUUAGGGACUAUCACGCCUCUGCGUUAAACGACAUAUUUGAGAAAAUUAACACAAAAUAUUAAUGAUUACAUUCGAGAUUACAAUAGUGUAAUUAUGUUGUGCAAAAUAAUAUUGACUACGAAUUGUGUAAAUAACACGAUUAUUUACCAGUUAUGUUAUUUAAUUUAUGGACUUGUUUUAUUCCGUUCGCGGUUGCACUACUGCCGCUGUCGCUUGUACUAGAGCACAUAAUCCGCCAAUAUUUGCGGAGAUGGAGAGCAAUCUAAUUGGAAAGCUUUAUGGUGCACAAUAUAAAGAAUAUAUAAAGGACAAAUUACAUUACCAAGCUAGAAUUAAUAAAAAUAGAACACGUUGAUGUUACACAAUUGAGAAACGGUUUUAUUAUUAUGUAAUGAUAGAUAUAUUGUAAAUACGGGUAAAUAUAUAUAAUAUGUGCGCCAGAUGAUGGAGGAGGAGACGCAAAAGGUGCAGAUAACUUUGUUUCUUUGUAUUAUAUGAUAGUUUUGUUAUUGACACACACACACACAUGCUAACGCAAUUUAGGUAUGUAUGAUAAAUCAAUUGACGGCGAUUAACGGAUGCGUAUGGUAAGAGUUUCGCCAAUUACAGAUUUGUAUAGAUUAUAUACAGAUACAAACACGCAGUGUUAGAUGUACUUAAACGUCUUUGUCGAUUGUGGAAACUAUGUGACUUUUUUUUUCUUUCUAAAGUGAUUUGUUUCGUUCCAUAUUUUGGGAUAUAUGUUAUUCAAUUAUACAAUUGCUUCGGCUAUCAUUAAUGCAUAACAAGUGUAUCUAUUGGAUCUCUUUUUCAACGUCGUUUCUGCUGAUAAUAAAUAAUUUUUAUUUUACGAGCUGUUUUUUUUAACUCUAUUACAUGACGUUGUGCAUUUAGACAAGAAAACGAUUAAGAGAACAAAUGGAAUAAAUCAUGCUUUAUUCAUAAAAUCUAAUAUUUUGAACACACAUUAUUUUUUUUUUUGUAGUAUAUAAAGAGUGAGCUAAUAAUACUGCUAUGGAAAAUACGAAAAGUAUCUUAGAGAAAAAUACUUAACGUUUCCUAGACAACGAGAAAAAUUGAUUUGAAUAUUUCACUAUAAAAAUUUAAUUAUACAAUGGUUUUAUUUGAGUUUUCAGCUUUAAGCUUUCAAGGGAAAAAGCGAAUCAAUGUAAAUAUGAAACUAGAAUGGACAAUUCAAACUUGGUGCUAUAUUAAAAAUUAUAAAUUACAUUGCAGCUAUAAUAACUAAAAUACUAAAAACAUAAUUUCCAUUAAUUUUUUAUCUUGAAUCGCAAUUAAAAAUUGGAUUGUCCACUUUUGUCUGAUAUGAAUAUUGCCGUUCCUCCCCCUUUAAUUCUUUAAUUAUAUUAUCUAUAUUUAUAUAAAAUGUAUAUAAAAAAAUUUAACUUAGAAACGUAGAUUUAUAAAACGAUUUAUAAUUUGCGUUUUACAUUAUUUACAUUAUUACGUUUAAAAAAAUAACAUUGGUAUUUUUUCUAUAAGAAAUAAUAUUUUUUGCUCGGAUAAAUCUCAUAUUUAGAUAAUCAAAGGCAAGUAAUAAAGAUAAAAAAAAAAAAAAAAUCGUACAGAGAUUACACAUGCUCGCGAAAUUAUAUAAGACAAACCUGAAAACCGACUUUUAGGAAAUUAUUAUAAAACUACUCUGAUCGCGCGCAUAUUGAUAUCAUUUCUUAUCGAUUUUCUUAUUAUCUUUCUUUACGGUUAUGCCGAUAAUAUCCGAAAUGAUUCAAAGUAUAUCGCGAAAAAUCAAUUUCGAGCAUAAAAUGCAACUGAAGAACACGAUCUUAAUUUGACAAAGAAAGAAAAAAAAUCGUCUGUUUCAUUGCAUGGGGCGAAUCGAUUCUAAGAAAGAUAAUUUUUAAUAGUCCGAAGGAACAGUUUCCUGUACAGAAACUGAUUAAUUGGAAAUUCCGAUCGGAUGAUAGUUCUUUCUCUCUCUCUUUUGUGCUAUAUGUAUACAAUUCGAGAGAGAUCUCUUGCGCCGCUAUUAUACCGUUAGCUAGCAAUAACAGUCGCCGACGAUCAGGAAGCGUUUUAGGGAAUAAUAGGCGAACACACACGAAGUAUUACGACUUCGUGCUGUAUGCUACAAUGUACAUUCGUGUAAUUAUGUAAUCGCCUUGUGGUAAAAUACAAUACGCGCGAUGUCACGUUAUACGCCGAUCUUGUGUAAAUAUCAUAGAUUCGUAAACUAAAAUUCUUUUUUUCUCUUCAA